AUGCUUGCGCUCCAGCCGUUCAUCAGCAUUGCACUCCAACGGUACGGGCCGUCCGAGAACAAGCUGGACGACAAUGGAGUCGUGGCACUACUGCAGCUCACACACGGCACGACAAGCCUUGACGCAGCGUUGGUCAUCGCGUUGGUCGCACGGCUACUGGCCCUGGCCCGGUUUGAUGCCACGGUCGUGACCCCACUCGCCGACACGGACGACGUUUGCAAACUGACGUCGGACGCGCGCGGCGCGGUCUGGAUCUGCGCCAAUCUCGAUCACACGCCGGGUCUGGCGGCGCUGCUGGCGUAUGCCAAGGCCCUCGAAGCUGCGCACGAAGCACCCAUCACGGUCAUCAUGGACGUUAUCGUGCCCUCCCACGACCAGGCG